AUGUUGAACAAGUUCAUGGUGUUGUUCCUUCUCUUUUGGAGAUAUGUAGCAUCACAAGAAGAUGAUCUUGGUUUUACUUACAAUGGAUUUGAAGUAUUUAGCAUGAGCUUGGAUGGGUGCAUAGCCAGGGGCUUAUCUAGGCCUCUUCAAUACCACCAACAUCGGCGAAUCAUCCAACCAUUUCAUCAAGUCGACUUGGAUUGCCUCAAGAAUUCAGAGUUCAAUGACAUCGACGGAAACCAUGUCGGUAUUGACGUCAACGACUUGAGAUCUGUUGAAUCUGCUCCAGCAUCUUAUUUCAGUGAUCAAGAGAAGAAAGAAAUGAACAUUGAUCUCUCUUCAAUCGUGGUAGAUCCCUAUGUUUGUGUUGAGUAUUCUGGUGCACAAAGGCAGCUUAAUGUGACUUUAGCUUCAAUUGAUGUCCCUAAACCAACGAUCCCUCUCUUGUCCUUGAACAUUGAUCUCUCUUCAAUCGUCGUAGAUCCUAUGUUUGUGGGCUUCUCAUCUGCUACUCAUGCCUUCAAGGUAACCUACUAUGUGUUGGGUUGGAGUUUUAAGAUGAAUGGGAAAGCAAAAGAACUAACACUCUCCCAGCUUCCAAAGCUUCCUCGUUUCGGACCUCAAAAGAAAUCUAAAUUUCUUAAUGUUGGAUUACCUGUGAUCGGUACUAUUUUACUAUUGAUCUUGAUAUUUGUCAUCCAAUUUAUAAUGAAAAGGAAGAAGAAGUUUGCAGAUGUGAUUGAAGAUUGGGAAUUUGAUUAUAAACUUCACAGGUUCAAAUAUAAAGACCUGUACAUUGCCACCAAGGGUUUUAAGGACAAGGAGCUUCUAGGAGUCGGUGGCUUUGGUAGAGUCUAUAAAGGUGUCCUACCCAAAUCCAAAGUAGAAGUUGCAGUGAAGAGUGUCUCCUACAAUUCUAGACAAGGGGAGAAACAAUUUGUUGCUGAGAUUGUCAGCAUUGAACUUUGUAGAACUGGGAAAGCUAACCCUAGUGUGGAUGUGUUUGCAUUUGGGGCUUUUCUACUAGAAGUUGCUUGUGGUAGGAGACCUAUAGAGCCACAAGCAUCAGAAGAGUGUGUGGUGUUGGUGGAUUGGGUGCUCUCAUGUUGGAGUAAGGGCAUGAUUCUUCAUACUGUGGAUCCAAAAUUGGGAAUGGAUUAUGAUGUGCAGGAAAUAGAGCUAGUUUUAGAACUUGGAUUGCUUUGCUCUCACUCCAUUCCAACUGAAAGGCCUCACAUGAGACAAGUUGUGCGGUAUUUGGAGGGGGAGGUACCCAUAUCAGAGCUCACAUUGCUUGGUCUAAGCAAAAUCACCAAUGACACAACUUUUGAGAGUCCAAACGAUUCUGGGGAUGUCUCUGUUUAUCUUGUGGGCGCAAUGACUCGGUCAUCUUCGGUUACUGAGUCUGUACUCUCUGGAGGCCGAUGA